AACACUGCAACCAAUUCUCUUCUCCUUCCCCUCCUCCUCCUCCUCCUCCUCCUCCCUUUGCGUCCCCUUUACUCUCCCUCCCUCUCUCUAGUCCUCUCUCUUCAUGUGUGCAGGUGCGCGCUGUGCUGGGCUUUGCGGCUUCCCUUCCUCUUUCGCGAAGGAUCAAAGGCCGCCCGCCCUCCUCCAGGCUCCGCAUUCCGGCGUCACCGCGCGCAAGCAAGAACAGUAGCGCCGCGGCGAGCGCCCCGCUUCUCCGGUCCCGACUGAGGGGGACGCGGCGGGAGCUCGUCGUGGAAUUCUCGUUCAAUGGGGUUUGAUUCGAGGUGCUGCCAAAAUAAAGCGGUUGGGAUAAGUUUGUAAAUUCCUUCGUCAAAUCAGAACAAGAUUCCGAAUUAGGGGAGCAUAUCGCGUCGUCUGCUCAUCAGACAGGCCGAAGAACAUGUCGUCACCUAACAAUUCUGUCAGCGCGGUGCUCUCAAGAACCACCACCGUGUUUCAGUUGAGAGUAUGGGAAUUGAUUGCCAUUGGUGUUGGGGUAUUCAUGGCAAUUCUGUUGGUCGUCGCGCUGUGCCUUUCGCUCCGAAAGAAAAAGAAGACAGUGAAAGGGUUUGACAACACUUCGCUGGCUGAGAUCCCUAUCGUGUCAAAGGAAAUCAAUGUUGACAGAGUUGAUGCGCAGAGUCUACAUGAAGCGCCCUUCAUGCCGGUGCAUGAUAAAUAUACGCAGAUGAAGGGUGCAGGGCAGUUGGGAGAGAGUAGAUCUGUCGAUGUCGAUACGUUCAGCCAGUGCAGCUCUGUGUACAACAUAGAGAAGGCUGGGAGUUCGUACUCUGAAGAUUACAGUUACAGCAGCUCUGGACCCGCUAGGAAAGGCAGUUCACCAUAUGCAUAUUCAGCAUCGCCAUUGGUUGGCUUGCCUGAGUUAUCACAUUUGGGCUGGGGACACUGGUUUACCUUGAGGGACCUGGAGUGCGCGACAAAUCGGUUUGCAAAGAGUAAUGUCCUUGGAGAAGGUGGCUAUGGAGUUGUCUACAAGGGCCAGCUGGUGAAUGGUACCGAUAUUGCUGUGAAGAAGAUCCUUAAUAAUGUGGGGCAGGCAGAGAAGGAAUUUAGAGUUGAAGUUGAAGCCAUCGGUCAUGUUCGGCAUAAGAAUCUUGUGCGGCUUCUGGGAUACUGUGUGGAAGGAAUACACAGGAUGCUUGUCUAUGAGUAUGUCAACAAUGGCAACCUAGAACAAUGGCUUCAUGGCGUGAAUCAACGUGGUGUCCUUAGUUGGGAAAACCGCAUGAAGAUUCUCCUUGGCACUGCAAAAGCUCUCGCUUACCUUCAUGAGGCCAUAGACCCCAAAGUUGUACACCGAGAUAUUAAGUCAAGUAAUAUCUUAAUCGACGAUGAAUUCAAUAGCAAGGUCUCUGAUUUUGGGUUGGCCAAACUUCUGAAUUCUGACAAAAGCCAUAUCAAUACAAGAGUGAUGGGAACAUAUGGGUAUGUAGCACCCGAAUAUGCAAACAGUGGGAUGUUAAAUGAAAAGAGCGAUAUUUACAGUUUUGGAGUGGUGUUGUUAGAAUGUGUGACAGCUAGGGAUCCAGUUGAUUAUGCUAAGCCUGCAGAUGAGGUAAAUCUGAUAGAGUGGCUUAAAAUGAUGGUUACAAAUAAGAGGGCAGAGGAGGUAGUGGAUCCAAAGCUCGAGGUUAAGCCACCAAAACGUGCCCUUAAGCGGGCAAUCUUGGUUGGCUUCAAGUGUGUCGAUCCUGAUGCUGACAAGAGGCCAAAGAUGAGUCAUGUUGUCCAAAUGCUUGAAGCAGUUCAAAAUGCAUAUCAUCAAGAUCAGAGAAAGCUCAGCCAGGUGGGAAGCAUGGAUAUUGAAUCCCAGCAGUCAGAGGAGGCUUCAAACAGCGCUGAUGCCUGAAUCCCCAAUUCUGAACCAGCACAGAGGAAUAGGGCUCCUGAAAUCAUCUGAUACCAACAUUGAUUUGAUCGAUGUCAGUACUUUGUUAGAGUGAGAGGAUCAGAUUUACAGUUUGCAGAUACUGGAGGUGGUGGUGGUUAAAAUGAUUAGGAGCAAGCUGCUCAUUUCCGUUUUUUCCUUUACCCCUUUUCCCGGGUGUGCUUCUAUACUCCCCUGAAAGAUUUGCCUUCGUCACUUUACUCUAGGAUAUGUGUAGUUUUCCUUUAGGGGAGCAUAGAAGCAUCUUCUUCACCUAUAUUUAUCAUUUCUCACCAAGAGGGACUAACCUCAAAGGCAUGACUAUAGUUACCGGAUUCUGUUACCCUUGUAUAGAGGCUUUAUGGAAACUUAGUUUUACCCUAUAAAAACAUAAAUUUCUUGCUG